UGCGCCCUAUCACAAAAACAUUUUUGAGUCACUCACAGCCAUUGGCAUUACCAAAGGGCAUCCCAAUACAAAAAGAAGCCCGAAUCUCAAGUCCUAAUCCUGCGCGAACCCUCUCACUCGCCCAAGCCGCCGCAAUGGCACUCCGAACCCUCUUCACCCGCAGCGCAACGAGAGCACCAGCUCUCCUCUCAACUACAACAAGAUGCUCCCUCUCCACGACCACCCGCCUCUCAAACCUGCGCGCCCCCGACGCCAGCGACCCUCGCCUCAGCGCAAUCGACCCCUCCACCCUCACCAUAACCCAAACCACGACUCCCAAACCUAUAACCCCCAACUCAGAGCUCAUCUUCGGCCGCACGUUCACAGACCACAUGCUCAGUCUCGAAUGGACAGCCUCAGACGGCUGGCUCCCACCGCGAAUAACACCCUACCAAAAUUUGUCUCUUGACCCGGCGACUUGCGUAUUGCAUUAUGCGUUCGAAGCUUUUGAGGGGAUGAAAGCUUAUAAGGAUUCAAAAGGAAACGUGAGAUUGUUUCGGCCGGAUAUGAAUAUGAAGAGGAUGAAUAAGAGUGCGGCGAGGAUUGCGUUGCCGACGUUUGAGGGGGAGAAUGUGAUUGAGUUGAUUAAGAAGUUUGUGAGGAUGGAGGAGAGGUUUAUUCCUUCACAAAAAGGCUACAGUCUCUACAUCCGACCCAACAUCAUCGGAACCCAACGUACACUCGGCGUCGGACCACCAGGAAGCGCAAUGCUCUAUGUGAUCGCCUCUCCCGUGGGACCUUAUUACCCAACAGGCUUCAAAGCUGUGUCUCUCGAAGCGACGGACUACGCCGUGCGAGCUUGGCCCGGAGGCGUAGGAGCUAGCAAAUUAGGAGCUAACUACGCUCCUUGCAUUGUACCACAAAUGCAAGCUGCAACACGGGGUUUCCAUCAAAAUCUUUGGCUGUUCAAGGACCUUGACCCGGAGACGGGACUGGAGGAAGAUUAUGUCACGGAAGUGGGAACGAUGAAUUUCUUCGUUGCGAUUCAAGGGAAGGAUGGACAGAAGGAACUCAUGACUGCUCCGCUGGAUGGUACGAUAUUGGAGGGUGUGGUUAGAGAUUCUGUUCUCGCGCUCGCCAGGGAAAGGAUGGUGCGCCAGGGGUGGAAAGUCAACGAGAGGAGAUUCACGAUGCGAGAGUUAGCGGAGGCCGCUAAAGAGGGACGGCUAUUGGAGGUGUUUGGUUCGGGUACGGCGGCGACUGUCUCGCCUGUACGAGCCAUUUCGUAUAAGGGAGAGUUGGUGGACUGUGGGCUUCCGGCCGGAGAAGAGGUAGGACCGAUCGCAAAGCAGAUGAAGGAUUGGAUUGAGGGGAUACAGUAUGGUGAGGAGGAGCAUCCUUGGAGUGUUGUUGCCUAGGUGGCUGCCUGACCUUCUGGCAUGACGAAGCUGCGAGUUCUUGACAUUUGCACAUUGCGAUCCCAAAUUGACACUGCAGAUGGAGCGAUACUAUUCCAAUUGGACACUGCGAGAUGGAGACGGAGACGAAGAAGCCUCACGGCCUUGGACAGUUCUGGCUAAGGCGUAAUGUGUUUUGUAGCGAUGAGGACAUAGUGUAUACUACAAUAGCACACUAGGUUAGCUUCUCCUCCGCGGAGAGCUUGACUUGUGCAUGGCAAGCUUUUCUUUCCCAUUGUCGCAAGCGAGGGCAGCCAAGAGUGAGCAGACGUCUGCUCGUGCAUGUGACGCGUGGUCGAUGGGGA